AGAUGGUUCGAGAAGAAUACAUAUACUAUAUAUGAGUAAAUAUAAAUAAUUAUAAGGAGGAGAUAUUGUUGAGGUGAUAUUGAGUAAAUAAUAAAAAUGGAAGAAGGUGGAAGAAGUAAUGUUACAGAGGAAAAAAAGAAGAAAGUGAUGGUAGCAAUAGACGAAAGUGAGUGCAGUUUCUAUGCAUUAGAAUGGACACUUAACAAUCUUUACAAUUCUUUACUGAAUUCAGAGAUUGUGUUAUUCACUGGCCAGCCUAUUGCUGAUUAUAGCUAUAUCUAUGCUUCAUCUUUUGGUGUUACCUCACCAGAACUAAUAACAAGUAUACAAGAAAAUCAAAGGAAAGUAACUAAUGCUCUGCUGAAGAAAGCUAAGGAUGUUUGUGGUCAACAUGGGAUAGUUGCAGAGACAAUGACACAAGUGGGAGAUCCAAAGGAAACUAUAUGUGAAGCAGCUGAGAAGGUUCAUGUAAAUUUGCUUGUCUUAGGUAGCCAUAACAAGGGUGCUAUACAAAGGGCAUUUUUGGGAAGUGUUAGCAACUACUGUGUUCACAAUGCCAAGUGUCCGGUUCUUGUUGUGAGGAGGACGUCAUGAAAGGAGCAGGGGCGGAGCUAGAAGGAAAUAACUAUUAGAUAUGUCCGAAAUCCCAUAUUUGUGCUAUGAAAUUCAUGAAAUAUGUAUAAAUUUUAAAUUUAGAGACUAGUUUUUAGCUCUUUCAGUCGUUAUUUCAGAAGUUAGAAUUCAUAAACUUUAAAUUUAAGUCGUUAUUUCAGAACUUAGAAUUCAUAGAGUUUAAAUUUGUCGCCUUAUGAAGGUUGUGUAAUGUCUUUAUAUGUUUGCUCUUGUGAAGGACCAUUUGUUAUUGUG